UUGGGGUUAUCCUUCGUGUAUAUAAAGAACUGUGACAGUUCAUUCUCAAAUCGAACUGAAUAAGCGCACAACAGAACAUUAAAAACAGAAUAAAUAAACAUUCAAACAGUAGCAAUGGUGCAUCAAGGUCUGGAAAUAGCCGUUCUGUUGUUUGGAAUUGUCUACAGAACACAGACGGCCCCCACUUUUUCGGGGCUUUGCGACGGAUGUCCCCUGAAGAACGGCGUUGGCCUGACGGGGUUCUUGAAUGACUGUACCAAAUACGUACACUGCUAUGAAGACAAACAGGGCGUCGUCCACGGCACGGUUCAACCAUGCGCCUUCGGAACGGAGUGGAAUCAAGACCUCCUGACAUGCGUUUCGCCGUCCAACUCGACCUGCGGCGCCACGCAAGACAUCUGUUACGGACAGCCUAACGAUUAUAGACGCCCGGGGGUGGGGAACUGUCGCGGUUACUGGGAAUGCAAAAAUGGUGACUCCGUACCGUUGUGCUGCCCGAUCGGUUAUUACUUCAAUAGCAUGACUGGCAACUGUGAUACCACUGAUAGCGACCACGAAUGUUAUGAUAACUGUUUCAACGAAUACUACACAGUGGAAAUGACCACCACACCAAGUCCUUGUUACAAUAAGAGGCCAGUGGCCGCCAAACUUGACGUAUAUGAGGAGUGGAUCGAGGGAUGGGGCUGGAUCCAGAGAGGGUGUCCGAAAGGUCUCCUGUAUGUGCAAAGGGACUGCGAGUGUACACUGCGAGUGGUUGUACAGCAGAAGUGCGAGCUUGACCUCUUCCUUUCUUUCGAGAGCGGUAUCAAAGACCAGUCCCACCUUUCCAACUAUAUUUUAAGUGAAAAUGUUGAAGUAAUGGACGGCAAGGCCUUUUUUAAAGCCGAUCAGGGAAGUCAACUUAUAAUUCCGCGUUACACGAAUGUCGGCAUGGCGAGUCUUACCAUUCACGUGAAAUACUAUUCCGAUCACGAAAGCCUAACGCAGACCCAGGCGAUCGUAUCGAACAGCGACUGUGGAAUCACCCCGUCCAUUCUGCUUACUGAAGACAGCAAAUAUGUGUAUUUCACAGUGGGAACUGAUUUGGGCGAAAGGACAUUGGCCGUUCACCAGCCGGCAUUCACAAAUGAGAAGGACGUUGUAUUAACGUAUCACAAUGGCAUCCUCUCUGGUCAGGUCAACGGGAUCAAGAAUACCAUGAUAAUAAAUGGAAGUGGCAUCAGUCGGGUCCACUGUGCCCUCCAUGUUGGCAGCGCGGACGCGAACCGUGGACUUAACUUCACUGGGGUCAUUGAUGAGCUGAGCCUGUCUAUGUGUGUGUAAUAUUCACUGAACUGUGUCGACGUGAUUACAUGUGAUAUUAUUUCUAUUUAUAUCAUACUUUUUCUUCUUUUUUUUGUACGUGUACUGAAACUGGCAUUCGAAUCACAUCACACUCAUGUCUAUUUUCUGAGUGGCAACAAGUACUUGUGUCCUUUCUGUAGAUAUGAGCCAUGUUUUGUGCCAUGUAUAUGACUUCAAAAAUGAAUAUUUUCGGUAGCGUUUAAGUAAGGUUUAUGUAGGAUCUUAGAUUUAUCGUAUGUUCAAAAAAAGAUUGUGAUUAAUGAUUUUGUCAUAAUCCAUAUAUUCCCUUUCCGAUAUGUAUUUCCCAAUUAUAAGUUACAAAGGACAGUUUUAUAGACUAUAAAUGUGAUUUAUUGCUUGUUUUGCUACAUGUGUUUGUCUCAUUUAAUUGCAUGUUUAAUUCAUAUAUUUAUUUAUUUAUUUAUUUACCUCAUUGUUAAAAGGUUUAACUAGACAUGGCUUGAUAAAUUCAAUUUUCUUUCUUGUCAUAGAUUUAAUGACCAAUAAAAUAAAUUUCUGAAAAAUGAA